AUGGUAGAGUGGGUCUGGCUGCUGUUCUCCACAUUGCACAUCCAAGACAUAGGCGCCUCCAGUACAUGGUGCAAAACCGAACUGUGCAGAGGACAACACGUGCUGUGCGAUGACAAUGGAAAGUUUCACUCUACUUGUCCUAGACAAGCCGCAGCCGUCGUGACAAUGAGCUGGGAUAUGAUAGAGCUAAUCGUGGACCAGCACAAUGGGUAUCGCAACAAGUUUGCCGGCGGAAUGGGUCAGCAUGCGAAGGCGGCGAGGAUGACCACGAUCGAAUGGGAUCCGGAACUGGCCAGAGUAGCCGAUGCUCUGGUGCGGCGGUGUGAGCCCGUCAGAGAUCAGUGCGCCAUAACGCCGAACUACAACCAUGCGGAAAUCAGCUACUCGCUGGAGAAGUACUUCUGCAUGACCUCCAAAAAGGACGCCCUGAGGAAGCAGCUGGUUCACUGGUUUGACCCAAGCAGCAAGGACGAAGUGCAAAAGCUCUUCUUCUCCUGGACUGAAAAUCAGCAGGAACUGUCCACAAACUACUUCCAGGUGCUGAGGGAUCGAGCAAACCGCGUGGGCUGCGCCAUAGUUGAAUAUAUUCGACCAGCUCUGGUCCACCAGUUGCUGAAGUGCGUUUACAACUGCGGAGUGAGUCUCUGCGAGGACGAUGGCAAUCCUGUCUACGAGGACACCGAUGACAAGCCCGCCUCCGAGUGCAUGAAGGGAACCAAUAAAAAAUACCCCAAUCUCUGCCACAAGGAUGAGCUCGUGAAGAGCUGCAAUGGCGGCUCUCUUUUCGAUGAACCCGAAAAUGAUUAUAACGAUGGUAAAGAGGAAAUUAUUGAAUAUGACUACGAGGGCGGUCCCACCAUGUCUACCAUUUACACGCUUCCAACCUACGACCCAAAUGAUGUGUUGCCUCCGAUACCAGACAACCCCGAUUUCAGUCGAUAAAAUCUUUUAGGACCGCCUAGAAUAAAUGUUUUAUGCGUAUUAAAUAUUUGU